AUGAUAUCUACGCUUGACACUGCUCCUCCCAUCCAUCGCAUCAAAGAGGGCACUCAAUCUCUUGACAGGGAAAUCUUCCGCAAAUCAAUACCGGUGUUGGCAGCUCGAAUUCCCGCUCCAAAGUCAGGACGGUUUCUUGAUGGUCUUAAAAAUGAUGUACUGGACCUACGCCGCUGUCGUACAGUUGUUCACGACAAAGAGGACAAAGGAAGACGUCUAGUUUUACUCAAUUACCAAAAUAGAGAUGAAUUACCCGCAAGAGUUAAUGAGUUCAUCGAGAGAGAAGGUGCAACUUUGAUGGUUUAUGAGAUCGAACUGGAUUAUAGUUAUUGGACGGCAGUUGAUAUCCUCGAGGCCACGCUUCCCGAGGAGCUGUGCACAGAGUUACCGACUGGUUUCGCAGCUAUGGGUCAUUUAGCGCACUUGAAUCUGAACGCAGAAUUCUUGCCGUACAAAUACAUUAUUGGACAAAUUAUUUUGGAUAAAAACCCGCGACUUCGGACUGUUGUCAAUAAACUUGACACCAUUCACAACCAGUUCCGAUAUUUCGAUAUGGAGCUGAUUGCCGGAGAACCGGAUUUCAUCGUGCAGCAUAGCGAAUCGAACUGUCGUUUCACUUUCGAUUUCCGGGAAGUCUACUGGAACUCGCGAUUGCACACUGAGCAUGACCGCCUUGUUCAGCUGUUUCAGCCUGAAGAUGGUGUUAUAGCAGACGUUAUGGCUGGUGUCGGCCCGUUCGCGGUUCCAGCAGCGAAGAAGGGAUGUACCGUUCUGGCGAAUGACCUCAAUCCAAAUAGCGUGAAGUGGCUUCGUAAAAAUGUGGACGACAACAAUGUAUCCAAAAACAUUCGCGUUUAUUGCGAAGACGGGAAGGACUUUAUUCGUCUAGCAUUCAAACGGGUUUUCACGGAGCCCUUCGAUCCUGUCUGUGGUCAGACACUCAGCAAACGUAAACAACAGAAGGAGGAACGCAGACGGAGGCUAUCCGCAAGUAAGGAUGAGGCGAGUGUCCCUAACGAGCCCGAACCCACACCCGCAACUCCGGCCUUGCGAAAUCGUAUCGGACAUUUCGUUAUGAACUUGCCUGACUCCGCGAUCGAAUUCCUUGAUGCAUUCCGCGGAGUACUGGACCCUCUAGAUCGGGAAUUGAGCGGCGUGUACGAGACGAUGCCAAUGGUUCAUUGUCACUGCUUUACACGAUUUCUUGAUGCCGGACUUGCGGAGGCAGACAUAAGAAAGAGGGUGGAGGAAUCGCUCGGGGGAGAGUUGGAGAAAGAAGUAACUUUGCACUAUGUGCGCUCCGUGGCGCCUAAUAAAGACAUGUACUGUAUCAGCUUCAGACUGCCUCAAAAGUUGGCAUUCCAGUAA